ACCGUGUGUGUGGAUGCUAUUGACGACUCUGUUGGUAAUCACGUCUAAUGCCUGUCGGAGGAAUGACAAAUCAGAAACAUGCACCGUGCGAGGGGUGGAGUACAAGCUGUUUGAGGCCAUCAGGGUCCCCAUCAAAGACCCCUGCUCUGUCUACAUCUGUGUGGCAGACGACACUCUAAGGAAACUCAACGAUGAAUGCCGGUCCAACGACGGGGAAUGCCACACGGUAGGCGAGUACUUCUUCCACUACACUCACGGCCAGAGACGUAACUGCACGUGUGGAGUUCAACUGCAAAAUUCCAGCCCGUUCCGUGUCUUCCAAUGCCUAAAUCCCGAAUCGGUUUUCUACUCUUAAAUAAAAUCAUUUAAGUCGUGCUUCA